AUGGGCACACUUUAUAGACCUCGACUAAGACGACAAGAAAAAAAGAACUUGUCAAUUGUUACUUCUGCUGGAAUUGUAAGUGAAGUGUUAGCUGUUUAUUGGGAGUUAGCUGAAUUGUUUGAUAAACUUGAAAAUUGGGGUGAAGCAACUCAUAUUUAUGAAACUUAUUUGGAGAUUGUUACAAAUGGCGAAGAUAUCGAGAAACAAAAAAAUGCCAUGCAGCGUCUAAUGCAAAUAUACGAAAAGGAAGGGCGUCAUUACUUAAAGGAUUUAAUAGAGCAGAAAUUACAACACCUCGAUAGGAAGAAGAAGAAUAAAGAAUUGCAGUUACAAGAAUGGAAAUACCUUGGUGAAUCAACAAAACAUAAAGAAUUAUUCAAAAGACUUAUUGAGUAUGGGCGCAAUCCCAGCAUCAAGGUUGAAUAUGUGGGUGAUGUGCGUGUAAUUUUCUCAGACGAGUUUUGCAUCGGCAAAGGAAGUGAUGGAACACGUGUUUAUCUUGGACUGGGAAAAGAUGGUUACGGUAAAGCAGUGAAACGUAUACGACGAGAUAACAAUCUUGCUCUGCAAGAAAACACAAUUUUAAAUGAAAGCAAUGCACAGAAGUCGAAUUAUAUUGUAAAUUAUUACCACUUAGAAGAAGAUACCAGAACUGAAUAUGUCUAUUUGAAACUUGACCUAUGUGAAGAAUCGCUGGAGAGUUUUGUAAAAUCUUCUACUUUGAUGGAGCUUCAACAAUCUCUUCCCGAAAUUCUAAAGCAAAUUUUAAAAGGAUUAGCUGAUCUUCAUAGCGAACCAAAUCCAAUUCUUCAUCGGAAUUUAAAGCCUUCCAAUGUUUUGCAAGAUGCACAAGGUAAAUUUCUGAUAGCUGACUUUGGUAUUAACCGAAUAUUGAAGGAUGGCUCUGUGACAUAUACAAGCAACACUAACAGGGAAACUGAGUAUUGGAUGACUCCUGAAUCGUACGUUGUUAAUGAAGAGUCCGUUGAUAAAGCACGUUACAAAAAAGAGUCUGAUGUGAUGAAUGCAGGAAUGGUGGCUUAUUAUGUUGCAACAAAAGGGGAGCAUGCUUUUGGAACUGAAAAGAAUAGACUGAAAAAUUUGUUAGCUGGAAACCCUGUUGGAUUGGAAGAAAUUGGUGAUUUACAACUUAGAGAUCUUCUUUCAUGGAUGCUGCAACUUAAACCCGAAGACAGACCAUCUGCCGAAAAAGCGUUAAAACAUCCAUAUCUGCAAUCUGCCGAAGAGAACUUUGAUAUGUUGUGUGAUGUGGUCAAUGAACUGGAGAUGAAGAUAUGUGAUCCUCUCAACUCAGGUGUCCAUAAGCAGUUAAACUAUCCAGAAAACUGGAUGGACCGUAUCGACGAAGAGAUUUUUAACAAUUUCAAUGACUUUAACCCUACAUGGUUAGGCUGCUUAAAAUUUUUACAAAACGUUCGCGAGCAUUGGCAAGAUCAACCUCAUCCACAACUGCCGCCAAGUGAGGGGAACUAUAAAAAGUAUUUCCUGCACGUUUUACCGGAGCUUCCUUUUCUGGUGCACAGAAUCAUAAGGCAUAACAAAAAGAAAUCCACUCCAGAUCUGGAAGAACAAUUUGGUGAUGCAGAUGAUAAUUUGGAUGAACACUUUUCGAUGAACACAAGCUUUUCAGAAGAAGAGGGAAAACAACGUUUGGAAGUUCAAGAAGUGUUGCGUCAACCAUGGAAAUAUUGUGAUAAAUCAAUAAUGCAUCAGGAAAAGUUUAAAAAGAUGGAGGAAUAUGGACGCAAACAUCCAGAAAAAGUUACACUGCUCAGUGAAUUGCGUGUAAUUUUCAAGAAUACGUUUUUGCUUGGCAAGGGAAGUGAUGGAACCCGUGUUUACCUUGCCCUGGGAAACGAUGGUUAUGGAAAAGCAGUAAAGCGAAUACACAAAGAUAGCGGCAAAGACUUUGCAAAUCGAGAAAAAGAAAUUUUGAAUGAGUUGAAUGCAAAGCGCUCAAAUUAUGUUGUGAAUUUUUGGGAUUUAAAAGAGAACCUUGACGAAGAGUAUUUGUACGUGAUAUUAGAUUUGUGUGAAGAAUCUUUAGAGAGUUAUGUGAAAGCUUCUUCUUUGCAAAAUCUACAAAAAGUCGUUCCUACAAUUCUUAUGCAGAUUUUAAAAGGUUUAGCUGAUCUUCACAGUGGUCCGUGUCCUAUUCUUCAUCGAGAUUUAAGACCAUCGAACGUUCUUCGAGAUGUACAAGGAAAUUUUUUAAUCGCUGACUUUGGUAUAAGUCAUAUGUUAUCUGAUGAAACUUCGACACAUCUGAGCAUACAGAGAGGAGCUAAAAAUUGGAUAGCUCCAGAGUCAUAUGACAAAACAGAUGGAUCAAUUAAUAAAGUUCGUUACAAAAAAGAGUCUGACAUUAUGAAUGCAGGAAUGGUUGCUUAUUAUGUUGCAACAAAGGGAAAACAUCCUUUUGGAGAUGAACGGCUUAGACUGGACAACAUUUUGAAAGGAAACCCAGUUGGCUUGGACAAAAUCGAGGAUGCCACGCUCAAAGACCUUUUAUCGUGGAUGCUACAGUUAAUACCUGAAGACAGGCCAUCUGCCAAUAAGGCGUUAAAACACCCUUAUCUACAAUCAAACGAAGAGAAAUUUAACAUGCUGUGUGAUAUGGGAAACCAACUGGAGGUGAAACAUUCACAAGGUCAAAAUUCUCCCACUUCAGACGUUCAUACACAGUUGCAUGGUUCCACAGAAUGGAUGAAGCGUAUCGAUGAUGAAGUCGUCAAAGAUUUGAUCAACUUUGAAGUAAACGACAGUAUAAGAACUCUAAAGUACGAGUCUACAUGGGCAGGAUGCUUGAGAUUUAUACGAAACGUUAACCAACAUUGGCAAGAUAAGCCUCGUCCGCAUCUAUCACAAUAUGUGAAGCAAGGCAAUUAUAAAAAGUAUUUCUUGCAAUGUUUUCCUGAACUUCCUCUUCUGGUGCACAAAAUCAUUUGGUCGACUGACUGGAAAACAAGACCUGAUCUCAAGAAAUAUUUUACGAAUACCAAGUUGGUUGAACAACUUGAAGAAAUCAAUGGAAAGAAAAAUGAAGACAUAAAUGACGAUAUGGAUCUUGACGAAGAAACUAAAAGAGUAAAUGGAAGGAAAAACAAAGAAAACCCAAGUCAUGACGUAUUUUUGAAAGAUGGAUUGGAUAUGGAAGAGAACGAAGAUGUUGCUCGAAGUCAAAAACUGGAUUCUUACGAUAAAUCAUCAAUACAAAGCAGCGCGGGUGGUUUUGUGCGGAAUAAAUUUCGUCGUUUUUUGAUGUUGGGAAGCGAUACAAGCACUUUCUACACUUACCAAAGAACGUUAAGCUUAGGAAAUGCAACAGUCGUUUUGAAGCUUUUGGAAGAAGGAAGGGGUGUUGAAGUUGUCAAUGAAAUAAAGAAGUAUAGCAUUGAAGGACAAACUGUGAGACAGCAGGCCAUCGUGUUUUCUCUCGCUGUUUGUGCCCGGAAGGGAGAUCUUGCCACAAAAAGACAAGCAUACAAGGCUUUAACCAAGAUCUGUCGAAUUCCGACUCAUUUGUUUAUGUUUAUUGAGUUCUGCAAGCUGUUUAGUCAGCAUGGAAAAGGUUGGGGUCGUGCCCAUAGGAAUGCCAUAAAACGAUGGUACAAAGAAAAAGAUCCAUGGGAACUGGCCAUGGAUCUCACCAAAUAUCAAAAGCGUGAAGGAUGGUCACAUAGGGAUGUUGCAAGGUUAAUGCAUCUCAAGUCAGAAGGAACUGAUGUUUCUGAUGAGUUGUUUGUUAUAAUGAAGUAUGUUGUUUGUGGUUGGAAGGAGCUUUUUCAAUAUUUCUUUCCAGAAAAUAAGACAACUCCAUGUCGUCCUGUUGGAGAAAAUGGCAAUGCAAUGCUAGUGUUUUUUAUGGCAGUUGAAAACAUAAAAACAUCGCAAGAGGAGGCAAGAGUGGUUGAACUGAUAAAUCAACAUAAUCUUGUUCAAGAACAUAUUCCAACACAUUGGCUAAAGUCCAAAGAGGUGUGGGAUGCUCUGUUAAAGAAAAUGCCAAUGACUGCAAUGAUACGUAACUUAAACAAAAUGACUUCCAUUGGCUUGCUUGCUGAAGGAUUACCUCAAGUUAAAGAUGUUUGUAAAAAACUGUGCAAUGAGGAUCUGCUAAGAAAUGCACGUAUCCAUCCAUUCAACAUGCUGUUAGCUUGGAGAACAUACAUGUCUGGUAAGGGUGAGAAAGGUCUCAAGAAAUGGAAAGCCAACAAGGAAAUCGCCGAAGCAUUGGAGGAAGCAUUUUAUUUAUCAUUUAAGAAUAUCGAACCAACAGGUAAGAGUUUUAUGCUGGCUCUCAAUGUAAGUGGCUCAAUGCAAUUCAAUGGAUGCAUUGGUGCAAGUUCAAUAAAACCUCACAUGGCUUCUGCUGCAAUGGCUAUGAUGACAGCACGAACAGAAAAACAUCACAAAUUUGUUGCAUUUAGUCAUAAAAUAGUUCCGAUUAAAAUAUCCGGUAACAUGAAUUUGGAUGAAGUUCUAAAGAUUUAUGAUGAAAUUCCAAUAGGUAAAGCAGAUUGUGCUCAACCCAUGCUUUAUGCCAUUGACAACAAUUUGAAGAUUGAUGUUUUUAUUGUUUACACAAACCAUAAAACACAUCGUGGCGAAGUUCAUCCAAUGGUGGCUCUCAAACAAUAUCGUCACCAUUCAGGGAUUCGUGAUGCUAAACUUCUUGUGGUUGCCAUGACAUCAAAUGACGUCGCUAUUGCUGACCCAGAUGAUCCUGGAAUGCUUGUUAUAGCUGGCUUUGACUCUGCUGCAACACAAGUGAUGAGAGAGUUUAUCUUGGGGAAUUUUUAGAAGUUUUUAGUGAACAUCUCUGUAUUUUCUCUAUAACGAAUGUCCUCAUUAAGAUAUGACAAAAAUUCAUAAUUUUUGAUGGCUCAAGUUGAAUGUUGCAUGUGGUCAAUCUCCCUGUUAUGGCAUUUUUCCUAAAAAAAAACUUUAGCAAAAUACGGGAAAAUUAAAAGCAGGAUAGCCAACAGUCUGGACUACAUGCCGUGUUUUAUUCAUUUCUACAAUAAACUUCGUUAUUUGUACCAAGUCAAUUUGUCAAUUUAUCCAUAUUUUUCAUGCCUUGCCUUACAAAAGACAAUUUUUGCAAUUAUUCGCGAGUUGUCAGUUAUUUAAUGAUAAGCUUUUCGUCUUGAGAGAAGAAUUUUUUAUCAGAUUAUUUUUAUUUUGAUGGCUA